GAUUCCGCUCAAUUGUUUAUCGUUCUAUCCAAGGUAAUGUUGCGUGCCCAUUUUUCUGACUGGAUUAUUGUUCGUUUCUUUAAUAGUUAGGUGUGAAUUUGGGGGUUCGGAAUUAAGAAAUGAAAGCAAGCUACUGUUCUUGAGAUUGUGUACAAUUCUUGUUCAUGGAGAAACUCCAGUUAGUAUAUAUAUGUACAGACUUGUGAUUAUCGGCACUGGAUGAGGGAAGUGCCUUUGAUGUUGUUUGACUGUGUUCUUGUCUAGGGUUUUGACUGAGUUUUCAUAGGUUUAGUCAUGGUUGAGUGUCCGAUUUGGAUUUGAUCGAAGAACAUCUUAUGUGGAUUUCUCUCCGCGAUUGUUUUUUCCCAUUGGCAAAUCGAAAUUCUUGCAAGUGGUUUCAUUUCAUUCGAAAUUCUUGAUGAUUGAUUCUACACAUUUGACUUGAUCAUAAAGCUAUGACCUCACCUCAAUCAAGAAGUGACUUUUAGAUUUUAUUGGACUGUGUAUGAAGAUGGCAAAGAGGAAAGGAUCGUUUUAUAAAGAUCAUGAUGAACAAUCAGAUGAGGAUUACAAGGUCAGUGAAAAUGAGCUGUUUGAUUGUUCAGAGGAUGAAUCUUUUUCUUUAGUUUGUGAUACAUCAGGAGAGAGUUUGGGUGAUUUUGAAGAUGAUGAUGAGUUGGAAGGGCUGAAGAAUAAGAAGCAGAAAAAAGUUGUCAGAAAGAAUGAUGUCAUACCAAAAGCAUCAGGGAGACAGAAAAAUGUAGUAAACCGGAGAAAAAGGAAGAGAGUCACGUCUAAAGCAGAUGAUGACAGUAGUGAUGAUGAAGAUUUUAUUCCGUUUGAGAUCAACAAUGUUGUGAAACCAGAAAUAAGGAAAAGAGUUGUAUACAGAGGUGGAGAUGAUGAUGAUGAUGAUGGUGAUGAUGAUGAUGAUGACAACAGCGACGACGAUGACUAUGCCGAUGACAAGGACUUUACCCUAGAUGAGAUUGAUUGUGCAGAUGAUGAAGAUGAAGACGAGCUGCCCACGACUAGAGGUAGGAAAAUUUUGGGCAAACCACAAUUGCCAAAGGGAAACAACAAUAGAGUGCAGAGGAGGAGAAUAUUAAAAGUUCCAAAUAAAGCAAGGAAGAAAACCUCUAAAACAUCAAAGAAGAGCACUAGAAAGAGACCAAGGAAAAAUAUUGCACAAAAGGUACAGAAGAAGUAUGCACAGGAGAGAAGCAAACGGAGAUUAAUAGUGGAUUCUGAUUCAGACUUUGUGAGCUGUGAAUCAUCUGACCCUGAAUUCACCAUCUCUGAAGAAGAGAGAGAUCAAGAUAGUACAGCGAAUAAAAUUUGUAGAGACCUAAUGUAUAAAACAAGGAAUCCAACUUCAAAGAAUCCACCACGAGGAAAAAACAGACAACCUCAGAAGAAGCGAUCACUAAGAAAGGGGAAGGAGAAGGUAGUGAUAGAGGAGAUCAAGAGGAGUGAAGAAGUGAAGCAGGUUUGUGGAAUUUGUUUGUCUGAAGAAGGAAAGAAGACAAUCCGUGGAACAUUGAAUUGCUGCAGUCACUUCUUCUGUUUUGUGUGCAUCAUGGAGUGGUCAAAAGUUGAGUCUCGGUGUCCCCUCUGCAAGCAAAGAUUUGUAGCAAUCACAAAGGCUGCAACAAAAUCAAGUGCUGGAUUCAAUUCAAGGACUGCGGUGAUUCAAGUACCUGAGCGUGAUCAAGUUUAUGUACCAUCUGAGGAAGAGCUCAGGGAUUAUCUUGAUCUAUAUGAAAAUAUUUUAUGUACUGAAUGUCAACAAGGUGGGGAUGAUGCUCAUAUGCUCCUUUGUGAUAUCUGUGAUUCUCCUGCACACACGUACUGCGUUGGCCUUGGAUAUGAAGUGCCCGAAGGUGACUGGUACUGUGAAAGCUGUAGGCUAACAUCUCCCCGUUACACAAAUCCAGAAAGUUCAAAUCCGACUGUCAACCACUUUAACAUCAGAUUGCCUUCUAUAGCCGCCAGCAGCAGGAGGGAGAGUUUGGAGUCGGACGAGAUGUAUGUACCCGAAACACCACUAACCCAACGCACAUGCAACAGUUCAUCAUCCCCUAGAGAUGCUCAGGCUUCUUCUUCUUCAGCUUCCAGAUUUGCGGCUUUCACAGUUUCAGACAGGAGAAGAAUACAUCAUGGAAUAAACCGACUCAUUAACAUUAGAUGGAGACGGUAGCAGAAUGGGAAUACUACUAGCAGUUCAGAGCUCUUAGAGUGGGAAUUCUUGAAAUUACAUGAAAGCAGGCUAACACAAUCAUUGUCUACCAGGUAUUUAAAAAAAAAAAAAACUUUAAACUCUAUG